AUGAAAAAUAAACUUGUUAAUCCAAAAUCGAUAGUAUUGGUUUCUAUCUUUAUUUGCUUUCAUCUCAUUUCAAAUGUGACUUCUUCAUUAUCAUUGGAUGAAUUAUCAUUGGAUGAAAAUAAUGAAAUUACCUAUCUAAAGGAUAAACCAUUGGCUUUACAAUCAACAAAAACCUGUGGUAAUAGAAUCAUUGAACCAGACGAGCAAUGCGAUUGUGGUCGACCAGAUUGUGGUAGUUGUUGUGAUGGCAAGACCUGUAUGCUCAACUCUACGGCUUGUUGUGGAAGCGGUCCCUGUUGUAAUCCAAAGACAUGUUUUCCUUACGCUAGAAUUGACAAUGUAGUUUGCAAAAAAGCUGUAGAUGAAUGUGAUUUACCUGAAUAUUGUGAUGGACUUUCUGAAUUUUGCCCAGAAGAUCGCUACAAACCAAAUGGUAUCCCAUGUAACAAGUCACAGUUUAAUGCAAGGUGUUACGCAGGUCGUUGUGCAAACCACGCUAUACAAUGUGGUAAACUCUGGGGUCCAAAUAUUAUCCAAAGUCAUGAGUCUUGUUAUCAGGCUAAACUGAUGGGUAAAACAACAUUUCCUUGUAAACUCGAAGGGCCCAUGAAUAAAACGGAACAGCAGUGUACCAUAGAUGAUACUACCUGUGGUCUACUUUAUUGUAACGCUCCUGCAAAUACUAAAUUGGUUUACGAACAACCCUUUGCUGGCAGUAAAAAACAUAAUAUUAUCAACGGAACACAUCAAUGUUUAGCUUUAGAGGGUUCAUUGUCAUCUUUAAAUCCUGGAAUGGUUCCUGAUGGUUCGCCUUGUGGUACAACUAUUUCUGGAAUGUGUGUUGGCGUUAAAUGUGUCCUUGUUGAUACUGUUUUAAAAAAAAUCAAGGCUUGCCCCAAAAAUUGUUCAGGACAUGGGAUAUGUAAUAAUGCUGGUGCAUGUCAUUGUGAUCCUUUAUAUACUAGUUCCGAUUGCUCUGUUGAAAUCUCUAAAAAUAUGUCAAAACCAAUGAAUGGGUCAACGGCUUCACUCAUCUUCAAACCAACUUCAAAGCAAAUAGCGGAAUGUCGAGAUAAAUUACGAAUAUUUACAACAUCAGCAUCAUCUCAACCCGUUAAUCUAUCUACAUUUACCUUGGCCAUUAUCAUCGGAUUCUUACUCUCAGUCCUGGUUUCAGUAGCUGUUCUCUGGAAUUUGUAUCAUCGCUAUGGAUCAAGCAAUACUGAAGAUAACCGACCAGGAACAGCACCCAAACCACCAGCAACACCAGCAACACCAGCAACUCCAGCAACUCCAGCAAUCCCACCAAAUUGA